UACGGAAAGGAGUGGGGUGGGACUUGUGCGUGGUUACAAAAUAUAAAAUAAUUUAAAAAUCUGUUUAUAUCUUUAGUAGAAUUCAACGAAAAGAUCAAGUGAUAUCCUCUCUAGGCAGUCGUAUUGCGCUUUGAGUUUUUAUUAGCAAACUGCAUCUCUAACUAGCUUGCUAACUUUAUUACGUAGCCAUCGAAAUAACAACAACGUGAAGAAAAGUUUGUUUUAGCUUCAGAAAUACUUCCCACGUCCUCGAUAAAACUAUGUCCCUCAUUGGGGAUAGCAAGAUAUUGCGUAUUUUCCUCAUUGUCCUUUCUCAAGUUGCUUACAUUGCUACUUUGUUCAUCAACGCGCUCGCAGGAUCGGGAAAAGGACCAUUUACGCACAGCACAGGAAAUGUGUCGGGCAGAUACGACACAGAAAUCACUCCUGCUGGAUGGACCUUCUCUAUAUGGGGUCUUAUCUAUUCCUGGCUCUUUCUAAUGACCAUAUAUAUCCUGACUUGGCUCUGCAGAAGGUUGUAUUCAAGGCCAGCAAUCCUGCCCUCCGCAUUCUUUGUCUCAUGGAUCAUCAACAUGAUUUUAAAUAGCACGUGGCUUGUCUUGUGGGACAGAGUGAGUUUAUUGAUGAUCGCUGCACUGAUAGUUCUAGCACUGAUCGCUUUUACCAACUAUUUGCUCAUCUUAUUUUCUUGUGUUGGUCUUCGGGCCAAUGGAUCCUGGCUCAAACAGAACCACCCAAAAGACCUUAUCUGCAUCAUUGUGCUGGUUCAAAACGGCAUUGCCACUUAUGCAACAUGGACAACCAUCGCCACUUUGCUUAACUUCACUGUUGUGUUGGAUAUGGCAUCAGUUUCGCCAACAAAUGCUGCUACCGCUUCUUUAUGCAUACUUCUGCUUGAAGUAGUGACAUGGUUUAUUAUUGAAAACUUUGUAAUAGAGAGACAUGUGCGCUACAUCCUCACUGUUUACCCUGUCAUCAUUUAUGCUCUAAUUGGAAACUUGAGCAAGCAUUACAAUGCAGCAGAUCCUGGCCGGAAUGCAGUCUUUUCAGUGGUGUUGCUGGUGGUGACCUGUAUUGUGUUAGUGGUGCGAGUGGGGCUGGUGGUUUGGAGACACAGGACUCUGCCUCUGUUCCGUGAAGUCGGCGCUGAAGUCCUGAUGUCACCAAAUAGUGGCGCUGAAAAGUAACAAUGCCAAUGCUUGUAAACGCUCGUGGAACAUCUAAGUUAAUGUGCAUUAAACGCUAAAACGUACCUAUGUGAUAACCUGAAGGAAUAUUUGAUCAGCCUAUUAAGAUGCUUUAGAAAGGAUUGUUGUUGGGUCAUCGGUCAUGCAGAGUCUGUAAUUUAUGUGAUAUUCUGUACUGUAUUGUACAGAUUAAAUACAGUAACUAAUCCUGAACACUAAUAUUUGUGAGUUACAUAUAUAUCUGUAUUAUACCUCACAUUAUUUGACAUCCACAGUUAAUUUGUCGUCUGUUACUUGCUUGUUGUCUGGGUGAAUUUAAGGGGAUCUGACUUCAUACAUCCUUUGGCUAAUAGACUUACGUGUCUAAAUACUUGCUAGAGAAAUUAUGUACCAUUUUAUAUUUGUAUGUAAACAUUGUAUUUGCUUAAUAAUUUUAUACAUAAAUUUAUUAUAAUUUCUUCAUACUUAUAAGAAGGUUUCUACACUAAUGUUUAAGAAAAUAAUCACAAUACAUGCUCUUUUGUUAAUGUUUCCUUAAAACAGAGACCAGAGUAAGAGUAUUUCUUAAGGAUGACUUGCGUGUUAACAAGAUGAAUGACUCAUAACAAACAUGUCUGAAAACACUGUGUCGGUUCAGUUUAAGUGCAUGGGAAUCCACCUCAGUGUGGCUGAAAAGCUGCUAAUAUCUCUGGGCUUUCCACAGGCAUUAAUGAGACAUUCAUUGUUUGCACAAAAACCUGCGUGCCUUGUAAAAAUAAAACCUUCUUUAAUAGUCUUCUUUAAUUUGGUGUGGAAAUGAACUGAAGCAUCUUGUCAUGCACGUUGUUGCCCUUUGGAAUGUGUGCUUUAGCUGGCAACAGCUGGAACAAGCUUGACCAAGUGUACUUUGGCUUGUUGCCUACAUGAUAAAUUACUCAUGAGAAACUAAAAGACAAAUAAAGGACU